GAAUGGGACUAACAGGCUUUGGAGUGUUUUUCCUUUUCUUUGGAAUGAUACUCUUCUUUGACAAAGCUCUUUUGGCUAUUGGAAACGUUUUAUUUGUGGCUGGCUUGUCUUUUGUUAUCGGUUUAGAAAGAACAUUUAGAUUCUUCUUUCAAAAACACAAAAUGAAAGCAACGGGCUUUUUCCUGGGUGGUGUGCUCAUAGUUCUCAUUGGUUGGCCUUUAAUAGGAAUGAUCCUUGAAAUUUAUGGGUUCUUCUUACUAUUCAGGGGGUUCUUUCCUGUGGUGGUUGGCUUUAUUAGAAGAGUUCCAGUUCUUGGAUAUCUCUUGAAUUUACCUGGUAUAAGCUCGCUUGUAGAUAAAGUUGGAGAAAGCAACAACAUGGUAUAAUGACAAGAGAGCAGAAGACUGAUUCUAAACUUACUGUAUUAUUUAUAAAAUCCUUUUGAAGAAUACUCAGCACAAAGAUUAAGUUGUGUACAAAGGAAAAGCUUGUUACAUUCUUUACAUAACAGUUUAAUUUAAAAUGUAUAGUCAACAAUAUACAUUAGACAAGAAGCUCAGCAAAUAUGCUUCUAGGAAAGUAACUCCAGAGUUCAGGAAGUAAACUGAAGAGGUGAAAGUCAUGGAAUGACCCAUGUUACAGCUGUUCGAGACUAUUUUUGUUGGUUUUGGAAAACAUGCUAGAGGCAAUGAACCCUUGUGGAAUUAACGGUGCCUGUACUUUACCUCCUUAUUUUGAAGGUGCAGUAGAGCAAACAGGCCUGCAUUUUUAAGGGUGACCCAAACUUAUCCAACCCUCUGCUUGCUAUCCUCAGAGUGAAGAGAAAAAAAAACAAAAAAAACCCCAAAACAACCAAACAGAAAACUUCUUGUGUAACAAGAGAUGAGUCUUUGCAUGAAGGUUAAGAUGACUAUUCAUCUUUAAGUGUAUUAUGACAAAAAAAAAAAGGAAACCCUACACGGUUCUGUUGUAAACAAUUUUGUAAAUAUGUGGCUGAAAUAAAACAUUGUUAUCUUAAUGUUUCAAAGCCAAAUGUAAGUUGAUUGUAUUUGCCUUCCAUUUUGGAAUAUGCAAAAGGUCA